AUGAGCCCAGCGGGGAAAUCAGGCCUGCUGUUUCUCCUGGCGACAACCGGAGCCUUCGCUGGCAACGAGACCGUCCUGGGCUUUCCGGCCCUGGGCCAUCGCUUCCGCAACUGCCACGAGGUGCAGCAGGCCAUCGCCGGCAGCGCCGACGGCGUGUACGUGAUCUUCCCGUACGACUGCUGCCCCGAGCGGCCCGUGCGCGUGUGGUGCGACAUGACGAGCGACGGCGGCGGCUGGACGCUGAUCCAGCGGCGCGACGACUACGCUGAGCAGGAGGACUUCUUCCGGACGUGGACCGAGUACGUCCUCGGCUUCGGCAACGUGGCCAAGGACCACUGGCUCGGCCUCGACCACAUCCACGCACUCACGAGCCAGAGCCUGAGCCAGAUCCGCUUCGACCUGGCCGACUUCGAGGGCGAGUCCCGUUGGGCCAAGUACGACUUCUUCUACGUGCACGACAAGAACAGAUUCUACACUCUCGAAGUGGACUACUACAGCGGCGAUGCUGGAGACUCCUUCUCUUACCAGAAAGGAGCUCCGUUCACCACCAAGGAUCGCGACCAUGACUGGUCGACCAUAAACUGUGCAGAAACGUACACGGGCGCUUGGUGGUACACGGGAUGCCACGCGACCAAUCUCAACGGGCCGUACCUCAGGGGACGCCACGUAUCCUAUGCAGACGGCAUAAACUGGGCUGACUGGCACGGGCACUAUUACUCCAUGAAGACAGUGACCAUGAAGAUUAAGCCAACUUUCAUCUAAGGUGUUCACUGUCGGUAAAAAAGAAAAACCAGCUGAGGAUGAAACCUGACGGAAAUUUUGAAGAUGCUCUGUUUCUUGUGUGUUUUUUGCAUAGGGUUUGCUUAUUGCUGUUUUUUUUCACCAUUAGUAUAAAAGCCUCAUCUGGUAUGUCUAAAUUACCGUAUGUUUGUAUAUAGUUUUCUUUAAAGCUGAAAUUAGGA